AUGUUCGAGACGGGCACCGCAACGCAACAUGAAGCCUUCGAGAGAAGAGAGAUUGACGAGUAUACAGAGGUCCCUAAGUCCACCAACCCCUACGUCAGGCUGUUGGUGCGCCUGUACAAGUUCCUGGCUCGCCGUACCGAUGCCAACUUCAACAAGACCGUUCUGCGACGCCUCAUGAUGUCGAAGACCAACCGUCCCCCGGUCUCCGUCUCCAAGAUCGUCGCCAACGCUGCCAACAAGCACUCCGCCAAGGAGCACGAGGGCAAGACCGUCGUUGUCGUCGGUACCGUCACUGACGACAACCGCAUGCUCGAGGUCCCCAAGCUCUCCGUUGCGGCUCUCCGCUUCACCGCCUCUGCCCGCGCCCGCAUCGAGAAGGCCGGUGGUGAGUGCCUUACCAUCGACGAGGUCGCUACCCGUUUCCCCACUGGAUCCAACACCCUCCUUCUCCGUGGACCCAAGAACGCCCGUGAGGCCUUCAAGCACUUCGGCUUCGGUCCCCACUCCCACAAGAAGCCUUACGUCGAGAGCAAGGGUCGCAAGUUCGAGCGUGCCCGUGGACGCAGAAGGUCGCGUGGUUUCAAGGUUUAA